AACGACGUGGUAAUGUUAACCCAUCAGCGACGUCCAUUUUGUGCUGAAGUUCGGCUAGUUGUUUUUCCUUACAUUCAGUUAGCUCCUUUAGUUCCUGCCUUGACGUGCCUUCAUAUUCCUUUUGAUCAA